AUGGGGUUUGUGCGGCAGACAUGGGCGCUGACGGCGAAGAACCUCCGCAUUAUCGCAUGGCGGCAGCUGGGCCCGACGUCGUUUACGGCGCUCACGGUGCCCAUCGCGCUCGCUCUGCUGCUCAGCUUCACGCCGCGCUUCGCAGCGUCUCCUUCAACCUUUGGCAUCGCCACUCCAACCCCCAUCCGCACUCUUGGCGACGCCCUUGAUGCUGCGGCCGCCGCCAGUGGCACUCGUGGCUCCGUUGUCUUUGCAAACAGCAACCACUCGGGUGGCCUUAUAGAUCUCGUGAUUGACCAAGUUGCAGCUCAGGUGGAAGAUGUCGGCAGCCAGGUCGUCAGGGUCUCUGACGCUGCGGAGCUGCGAGACGUCUGCCGUGCUUCGAACCGUGGAGUCACGGCGUGCUUUGCCGCUGUUGUCUUCAACACGUCGCCGGAAGAGGGCGGCGACAGUCUGUGGAACUACACCUUGCGGGGAGAUAACUACCUUGGUGGUCGCAUCGACGUCACCAAGAACGACAACAAUGCACAAAUCUACACUCUCCCGCUUCAAAAAGCGAUCGACUCGGCUAUCGUUAAGCUGAGCGGUCCCAAUGGCGCGUCCGAGUUGCCCGCGGCCACUAACGAGUACGCCUUCACUGCCCUCACGCAGGAUGAGCAGUCCGAGGCGUCUCGCGAGGCCUUCCAGUCGUCAGUGAUUAGCUACAUGGCCGUGGCGCUCAUGACGGUAUUUGUUGGUGCCUGCUAUCAUGUCGCCGCCUUUGUGUCUACCGAGAGGGAGAUUGGCAUGUCGCAACUACUGGAGGCCACGAUGCCAGUGACGCGACACUGGGAGGCGCAAGCGGCACGGUUCAUAUCCUACCACCUUGCUUUCACCUUGGUGUAUCUCCCCGGCUGGGUCAUCAGCUCCAUUCUCCUAGGCCGCGCCAUAUUCCCGAGCUCCAACGUCGGCGUGGUGCUCAUCUACUUCAUUCUUUUUGGCAUAGCGCUCAUCUCCAUGUCGAUCCUGGGCGCGACCUUUUUCCGCAAAUCGCAGCUGUCGGGACUGAGUCUUCUUCUGUACACGGUCCUUGCCAUCAUUGCUCAGACGAUUCCAGCUCCAGGAACAGCCGGCACAGCCAUCCUGUCGAUUCUCUUUGCCCCUUGCAACUUUGUGUACUUCAUCACCUGGGUGGCCCGGUGGGAGCGAGUGUCCUCCAGGCUCGACCUGACGCGUGCCAGCCCAGAUAGCCCCUCGGCGCUGCCUGGUAUUGUGCUAUGGGUCUUCCUGCUUGUGCAGAUCCCCUUGUAUCCCCUCAUCGGAGCGUUCGUCGAGAGAUCGAUACACGGGAGCGCAGCGAAAGGUCGCAACACAAUCAGGCGACAUGACCCAGGUGCCGACUACUCGGGUGGAGCUGCCCACGGCACUCCUGCUGUCCAAAUCACCAACUUUACCAAGGUCUAUCAGCCGGGCCCGCUACGCAAGUUGCUCAGCUGGAUGGUGCCGGCGCCGCAGCCAGUUGUCGCCGUGGCCAGGCUCAACCUGCGAGCAGAGCGCGGGCAGAUCCUCGCCCUGCUCGGCACCAACGGCUCGGGCAAGAGCACGACGCUCGACACCAUCUCCGGCAUGAACAGCCCGACAAAGGGAAGUGUCGAGGUAGACAUCACGGGCGGCAUCGGCAUCACACCGCAGAAGGACGUUCUGUGGGACGACCUCAGCGUCUUCGAGCACGUGCAAAUCUUCCUGCAGCUCAAGGCUCCCCAGAGAGUGGCCACAACCGCCGAGGUCGAGGAGCUGGUGGCUAAGGUCGACCUCGCCGCCAAGAGCAAAUCCCAGUCCAAGACGUUGUCGGGCGGGCAGAAGCGCAAGCUGCAGCUGGCAAUGAUGCUCGCGGGCGGCAGCGCCGUGUGCUGUGUCGACGAAGUCUCGUCUGCCCUGGACCCCCUCUCCCGCCGUAAGGUCUGGGACAUCCUGCUCGCCGAGAGGGGCCAGCGGACAAUCAUCAUGACGACACACUUCCUCGACGAGGCUGACGUCCUCGCGGAUCGCAUUGCGGUAUUAUCCAAGGGCAGGCUGAGAGCUGAAGGGUUCUCUGCGGAGCUCAAGGACAAGCAUGGAACCGGGCACAAGAUCAGCGUGCCACGCUCAGCUGGCAACUUCGGCCAAACUUCACCACCGUCUGUCCGCGGCGUGGAUUUACAGGUCUCGGAACAGGGGCUCGUGUACACUGCAACGUCGACGGCCGCUCUCGCCAGGGUGAUCCGGACGCUCGAGGAUGCGGGAUGCCAUGACUAUGAGUACUCGGGCCCGACCCUGGAGAGCGUGUUCUUGAAGCUUGCAGACGAGUUCCGCAGGGAGGGCAGAUCUCAAGCCUCUGCAACGAGACACUCACCGAGGUCGGGGCGUGCGGAAGAAGUGGCAGAAGACUUUGAUGUCAGCAGCAGCCUCGAGUUUCUCUCUGGCCGCCCGGUGGGUGUCAGCCGGCAGACUCUGAUCCUGCUCCGGAAGCGGUGCACCAUCUUCAAGUCCAACUGGCUGCCCUAUCUCGCGGCUCUGGCGAUUCCCCUGGUUGUUGCGGGCAUCAUCACGCUCUUCAUCCGGGACAACGCUCCACCGACUUGCACGCCUGCCGAUGCCAGCACUCUGCCUGGUCCGAUCUCACUCUCCACAUAUCUGUCUAACGAUGCCUCCAUGGUAGUAGGCCCUGAGUCGGCUUACAACGAUUCGGAACUUUCAGAGCUGUUCACUCCACUGGUUUCCACGGGGUCGCAGCAGGCACUGGUCGACAGCAUCCGCCCAGCUGGGUCCAUUGGGAACUUCAACAGUCUUGUUUCUGGAGAGCGCAAGCUCGUCCGCCCGGCUGGGUGGUGGCUCGGCGAUGCGGCCUCUACUGUGCCCACGCUGGCCUACCUCGCCGGCGCGGGCGACGUGUCGACCAGUGUCAUUGGCCAGAAUGCCUUGAACGUGAUGCUUAGCAACGUGAGCAUUGCGACCUCGUAUGCCCCCUUCGAGACACCCUCGGGCACGAGCCCGGGCACCGCGCUCCAGCUCAUGGUCUACCUCAGUCUUGCGCUCGCCGUGUCGACCGCCUUCUUUGGACUGUACCCUAACCUUGAGCGGCGCCAGCAGAUCCGCAGUCUGCAGUACUCCAACGGGGUCCUUCCUGUGGCACUGUGGACCUCGCAUGUCGUGUUUGACUUUGCCAUUGUCGUCGUCGUGGCCGCCGUCAUCACGUGCUCGUUCGUCGGGACCACGAGUGCCUGGUACCACAUUGGUUACCUGUUCCCCGUGCUAAUGCUGUACGGCCUGGCCUCGAUCCUGUUGGCUUAUGUCUUGUCUCUCUUUAUCAGCUCGCAGGCUUCGACCUUUGGCUGGGCUUCGGGUGCCCAGGGGUUUGGGGCUCUCAUGUACUUCAUCGUGUACAACCUCGUGACCAACUUCACGUCGCCCAGCCGGGUCGAGAGCACCGUGCUCGUGGUACACUUUGUUAUUUCGCUCUUCGCGCCCACAGGGUCCAUUAUGCGGGCCAUGAUGAUCGCCCUCAAUGUCAAUAUGGUCUCGUGUACCAACGGACAGCUGGCGAGUAACCCGGCUGCACUGACGCUGUACGGCGGGCCCAUUGUUGUUCUUGUCCUUCAGUGUAUCCUGCUCUACUCUGUGCUUCUCUGGCACGAUGCUGGUGUAGGAGCUGGGGCGUCUACCUGGCCGGGCUCUCGCAAGGCGAACAACAACAAGCAGUCGCGCCAAGAGAAGAAGUCCCAGGUUGCCGGAGACCCGACGGGAGACUGCAGGUCGUCCGUUUCCGAAGGCGAUACGGUUGCCAGUGACGUUGCCACGGCUGCCGCUGCCGAAGGUCUCCGGGUGGUGCACCUGAGCAAGGAGUUCACCAAGGGCAAGAAGGUGGUCGACGACGUGACUUUCGGCGUGUCCCACGACGAGACUCUGGCCCUCCUCGGCCCCAACGGUGCCGGCAAGUCCGUCACCAUUGCCAUGGUCCGCGGCGAUGUCCGGCCUACCAAGAACAAGACCAAGCAGUUCACGGGGGACGUCGAGAUCGAGGGCGCCUCAAUCACGACCCAGCUCGCAGCCGCGCGGAGCCACCUGGGCGUGUGCCCGCAGGUAGACGCCCUGGAUCUCAUGACCGUGGCCGAGCACCUACGCUUCUACGCCCGCAUCCGCGGCGUGUCCGAUAUCGAGCGCAGCACUCUCGCCGUCCUGCACGCCGUCGGGCUCUCUUCUCUGGCCUCCCGCCCGGCUCACGCCCUCUCUGGCGGUGGCAAGCGCAAGCUGUCCCUGGGUAUCGCCCUCAUGGGCAACUCGACCGUCCUCGUGCUCGACGAACCUUCCGCGAGCCUCGACGCCGCCGCCAAGCGCGACGUCUGGCGCACCCUCAAGGCCGUGUCCCCUGGCCGCGCGGUGCUCCUGACCACGCACAGCAUGGAAGAAGCCGGUGCCCUGGCGUCCCGCGUGGCAAUCCUGGCCAGGCACAUGCUCGCCGUCGGUACCCCUGAAUCGCUUCGCCGGCGGUUCAGCAACACCCUGCACGUGCAUCUCGUGUGUCGCGGGGCGCCGCACUCGCGGCCCGAGGAGAUGAGCCGUGUCCGGGAGUGGGUCAGCGCGCAGUACGGUGCUGCGGCGGAGAUUGACGGCCAUGAUUACCACGGCCAGCCACGCUUCUCGGUGUCGACGGAUGCCGUGCUGGCAGGAGGUGGCGCCGAGGCGAGGCGCCGAGGCGGACGCAGCAUGGGCAGCGCCAUCGGCCAGCUCAUUGUCGAUAUCGAGCUGGCUAGAGAGCAACUUGGCGUGGUGCACUUUGCCGUCAGCCACGUCACUCUCGACCAGGUGUUCCUCAACAUUGUCGGCCAGCACAAUGUGCAGGAGGAGAAUUCCGAAGUGGCAGGGGAAGGCAAGGAGAAGAAGGACAAGUCUGGUUUCUGGAGCUUUGGCAGGUCUUGAAGAGGUGGUGCCAGGAUCGGUAGUUGCAGAGAAGCUACUUCUCGCGAGUUUGGUUAACCUUUUGUUUGCGUGGUCCGUGUGGUUGAGCAGGCUGCUCGCGGACAUACCAGGCUCUUUUAUCUAGUACUCGAG